AGGAGCUGAAAAACGGAGUCCGUGCGAGGAUGAGGAGUAAGAGCGUCCAGGACGGAGAGAAGGCAGCGGCAUGAAGAAGAAACAAAGUCAGGACUUGAUCAGACGUGGAUGACAACAGCUGUUCACAUCUGUUGGAGAUGGCGGGACCGAUAAGUCAGGAGCCUCUAAAGACCCAGCAGAAGUGCGUCGCCACGCUCGCUCUUCUUUGCUGCUUCGCUGUGCUGAUGGUGCUGAUCUUCUCGUCGGUGGACAUUUGGGGGGACGAUGAAGAUGGAAUCACAGAGGACAACUGCAGCAGAGACUGCCACAUCGUGCUUGCAGAGAAUAUUCCUGAGGAAUUCUCUCUCCGUAUGGAUGGCAGGCACAGCCUUCCUCUCGCGGUGGGUUUUCACUCACUGCUGGACCAAGCCAAGACCUCGGUUCAGGUUGUGUCAUCAGUCUGGAACUUAAACUCCUGGGGCCUGGAUCCGGUACCGAGUGCUGCUAAACAGGGUCAGCUCUUGUUCCAGAGGCUGCAGAGCCUGAGACCUCGAGGGGUGAAGCUGAAGAUUGUCAGCAGCUGGACUAAUUCUACAGAGCUGAAGGCCCUGGAAGCGCACGGUGCGGAGGUUCGUUCUGUUAAUAUGACAGCGCUGACCAGAGGAGGACUGCAUUCCUCAUUCUGGGUAGUGGAUCGGAAGCACAUUUACAUUGGAAGUGCUGAUAUGGACUGGAGGUCACUCUCCAAGAGGAAAGAACUGGGGGUGGUGGUGUACAACUGCAGCUGUCUGGCGCUGGACCUCCACCGAGUUUUUUCAUUUUACUGGCAGCUCCACGACAGAGACUACAUCCCCUCCAUCUGGUCGAAGAGAAUUACAGCCCUCUACGGGAAACACCAGGCCCUGGAGCUGCAGCUCAACGCCACGCCGGCCGCUGCUUAUGUGUCUACCUCCCCGAACCUCUUCUGUCCCAAAGAUCGAACUAGAGACGUAGACGCCAUCAGUCAAGUCAUCCAGAGUGCCAAAACCUUCAUCUUCAUUUCUGUGAUGGACUACCUCCCUCUGGUCAGGAGGAGCUUCAGAAGAACUUCUGUCACAAGGUACUGGUCCACUAUCGAUGAGGUGAUCAGAGAAGCCGUGGUUCUCAGAGGAGUCAAAGUUCACCUUCUUAUAAGCUUCUGGAGGAAAACUCACCCUCUCACCUUUAACUUUGUCACGUCCCUCAAGUCUCUGUGCAUGCAGCUGCACAACUGCUCCCUGGAAGUGAAGUUUUUUAGUCACAAGGAGCAGAAGGACGACUUUCAGCUGGGCCUCAACCACAACAAGUACAUGGUGACCGACAACGCCGUCUACAUCGGUAACAACGACUGGGUGGGCAGCGACUUUGACAGGGAUGCAGGAGUCGGUCUGGUGAUGAAGAUUAAGGACAGUCACCAGAACAGAAGAGUGACGGUACUGGAGCAAAUCAAAGCUGCUUUUGUGAGAGACUGGAAGUCCCAUCAUGCUAAGAACCUACAGAAAAGCAAAGACCAGCAGGGAAAACGUGGAUCUUUACAGGGGUCUAAAGGUUUCUGGGACCUCACAGAAGAAAACGACUGGAACCAGUCUUUAUGAACACAGAACGUGUUUCUGUCUUUAAGCCUUUGCCUGAAUGCUGCAGCUUUUACAAACAAGUACACAAAAUAAAUGUAGUUCCAUCCACACUAAUAGAAGCUAAUAUUAAAUACCUUAAACUCAGAUUGUUGGUUUCAAUCAGAUGGAAACUGUUUCAUCGCUGUUACCUGUUAAAUGAGCAUGCACUGCUGCAUGAAUGAUGCAGCCCAUAAUAAACUGCACUAUAUAGAC